UUCGUGCUUUUACCGAACGAACAAAACGAAUACGAACUCGAUUGGCUACAGCUUGAUCAAGAAUCGCUCGAGGCCCCUGAGCCAGUCACCGAAACGUCUUUCACUCUCGUCGACCUGUCCAGCGGCACCCUCUCAGUAACAUCUCAAGAAUCGCUUGAAGAUAAAGGAUCUACAAAGGAUGUUGAAAAACCUGUCACCACGACUUUCGAUUCGUCGACUCUGGCAGAGGAUUUUCCCCCGCAAGUCUUGGGCGCAUGGUCUGGACUUCCUGAAUCAGUUGGGCUCGUCCAAGGACGGGAACCACGUGACUGACUGGCAGGCUAAGUAUCUAACCCCAGAGAAAAACGGCUCAAUUAUACCAUUCUUUCCCGUCCUCCCGGCAAAUCCGAAUCCGAAACCGUUUGUGGAAUUGUACAAGAGCAAUGGGCUUAAUUUAGGAUCGUUGCUACAGCCCGAUGCACCGUUGAUUAGGAGUCCAAGGGACAAGACGAUCCCUCUGGUGUAUAAGCAGGAAAAAGGCCAGGAAGAUUUUCUCGAGGAUGGAAUAUUUGAAUUAUUGUAUUCAGAAACAAAGGACAUGCAUGGCCAGAAAGCUCCAUUAGAUUUAUUGAAAGAUGCAACUGCACAGCCUGAAACUUCCAUGACCUGCUUGGAGCAAUCAAUGCAACGCCAGUUGCUAGCGUUCGCAGAUAACGCCGCGUGUGAAUCGCGGAAGAACAUUCCUUUUGCUCUUAAAAAUGACGUCACUGCAAGCAAAGAGUCCGUUCGUAGUUUGCCCACGGGCAAAGAACGCGCUAAGAAAAUGCCCCGGGAACGUCCAGGAUUUUAUAUUUACAGAAAUGUGUAUCGAAACUCGCAGAAGAAGCGGACUUACGUUUUGUCGAAAAGGGAGAGAAUUGAACAACGGAGAAAGCGCAUGCGUAUAACAAGCAAAGAGGAAAUACUGAAUUUGGCAAAGGAUACUAAGCUACAUGAUCCACCCACAACACCAAAACGUAAGGUUGAAGAGCAAUCUUGCAGCGAAGAUAUGAAGGUGGUUUCUUUCCUUCCAUCAUCAAAACCUAAGGCUGAACAGCAAUCUUGCAGCGAAGAUAUGAAGGUGGUUUCUCUUUCCCCAACAUCAAAACCUAAGGUUGAAAAGCAAAAUUGCAGCGAAAACAUGAAGGUUAUUUCUCUUUCCCCAACAUCAAAACCUAAGGUUCAAAAGCAAUCUUACAGCGAAAACAUGAAGGUUAUUUCUCUUUCCCCAACACCAAAACUUAAAGUUGAACAACACUCUUGCAGCGAAGAUAUGAAGGUUGCUUCUUUCCUUCCAACAUCAAAUCCUAAGGUUGAAAAGAAAUCUUACAGCGAAAACAUGAAGGUUGUUUAUGUUUCUCCAACAUCAAAACCUAAGGUUGGACAGCAAUCUUGCAAUGAAAGCAUCAGAUUUGUUUCUGUUUCUCCAACAUUAAAACCUACGGCUGAACAGCAAAACACGAAGGUCGUUCCUGCUUCCGUAACAUCAAAGCCCCAAGGUGACCAGCAAUCAUGCAGCAAAGACACGAAGGUUGUUUCUCUUUCCAGUAUGACUAAAUCUAAGAAGAACAGUUACAAUACGAGGAAGUUCCAUGCCUUGAAAUUCCUCAAACAACUUUUCGGCGAACAGAACCCCGUGACCACCCUAAGAUCUCUGAUUCGCUCAGAAAACUGCCUGAACUGCGUUAUCAACCAAUCACUGCAGGAAGAUCAACGAAAGUUCAAGCGGACGUCAGAAAGGAGAAUCGCGACUCUAGAGAAAAAGAAUAUUGAACUUUCCUUGCAACUGACGUUAAAGACAAAAGAGGCAGAACGCUGGCAGGCGGAAGCUGCAGCUGCGAAGAGAAAGACUUCGUCUGAGACAUUGUCCAACUCGGAGCUGGAUACCAUGUUUCACUUUCUACACGAGGCGGAAGAAAUAAACUGCCUUUUGGACGACGCCUUACGCGUUUCCUUGGAAACGAACAAGGCCUUCUUGUCUAAGAAGCAGCAAACGGAGCCGGUGGUCACACGAGAUAUAGCGAUUAGUUGUGAAGAUGUUGAAACGGAAGAUCCAGAUGAUGACUCAUAUACAGGUGGAUGGGUCGUCAAGUCACCUCGUCUAGUAGUGCGACUCCAGUCCGCGAUAGAGAAGAGAGAGUGUACGUUGAGAAACCUCCAGGAUAAGAUAGAGAAUCUCGGGUCUCAGAUUUCACUGUACGAGGAGAACAUCAAGGAACUCAGAGUCGCCAUGAAGGAUCAAAGAAGCAGCACAAAAGCUUCGCACUUGGAGGUUUUGAAACUGCGCAGACAGAAUGACAUCUUGAAUGAAUCGAGGAAACACAUGUCUACUCUGACAAUAUCUGGCACCUCUAAAGCAUUCGUUGAAAAAUUUAAACCAGUCGAGGCCAGUACCGCAGAGAAAGCGACCCAGGGCGCCCCCAGCACGGCUUCAGCAGGUCAACAGGCGGAGCCACUACCGGCGUGUCCUUCCGGUCCCAAGUUCGAGAACUGGAAGGCGUUCCGUCGACAUCUGAAGACACAGAUCAGUUCGGGGAUGUGUAGCGUGUGUGCCAUGACGUUUUCGCCGAACGUCGAUCGGCGACUGAUAGAGGAACACAUUACGUUCCACAUGCAAUUCGACAUUUAAAUUUCAGCCCGCGUCGUACCGUAAAUUCUUGUGUAGACGCUGGCGUGUAUGCAAGAGUUUACGGUAUACCAAUAUAUUUUUCAAAAUUAAAAUUUCUUUUUUUGCAUUACUACGAUCGACGACUGAUCUAGGAACAUAUCACGUUUCAUAUGCAAUUCGACAUUUAAAUUUCAGACGCGCCGUACCGUAAAUGUUUGUGUAGACGCUGGCGUGUAUUCAAGAGUUUACGGUAAAUUAGCAUAUGUUGAGUUUUUCAAGCUCCAUUUUCUCUUGUUUUAUUAGCCUGUAUCGUCAUUAACGUUGCACAAUAUCUAUAUCCAGUCGUCGUGGUCAAUGCAUAUAUUGAGUAGUCGUGGUCAGUGAAUAUAUUGAGUAGUUGUGGUCAAUGAAGAUAUUGAGUAUCUACUGUUCUUUGUUUUAAGUGUUAGUCUUUGAUGGAUAGUUUGAAACUGAAAUCGUUUUGUUUGUUUAUUUGUUAUGUUUUUAAAUUAAAUACCGUAAAACCAUGAUUUUUUUUUUUUUUUUUUUUUUUUUUUGCGAUAUUCUGAGGCCUGAUCAAUAUUCAAGGUAGGCAUCUACUUUUUUUCUGUAAAAUAUUCUACCUUAGCCUUGCUGUAAAGUCAUCUUCAAAUGUAGGCUUCCAAACAUUUUUGUAUGUCUGGAAAUCUCUUUAAUUGAAAAAUUAAAAAUAUUCUCCUUUCCUCUUAUUGCUGCAAUGCAAUGGGAGUAGAACAUGUUUAUUAACAUCACACAGGUACACAGCAUAAACAUGCCUUUAUGUUAGGCAAAUCUCUAUUCACGGCAGGCCGCCUCCUAUUUUUUUUUCUAUCGAAACGUUCUGAUACCCAGCCUCCAAUCAAGGUAGACCUAUAUAUAAGGAUUUACGGUAUAUGUUUUCGUGUUAUGUGAAAUGUAGUUGACGUUUUUGUUUUAUUUGUGUAUUCAUAUACAACACUAACUUGUGUUAAUACGUUAUUCUGUUAACUAGAUAAUUAGGUCAUCUUGUUACUACAUUAGUUAAUUUUUAUUAUUGUCUUUUAAGUUAAUACAUGUUAAUGUUUCAAUAUUUAUAUCACUAUUUUUAUUGUGCAGUUAAUAUAUAAUAAAUUAGUUUAAUUUUACAUGUAAUUUAAGUUGGGGGGGGGGGGGGGGAUGUCUCCUGUUUUCCUGCAAACAAAGGGAGUUAAUCUAGUUAUAUUUCAAAUUUAGCCCAAAUAUUCCUUAAAGGAAAUUCAGAAAUUAAUUUUAAGAUUAAUCGGAACAGGAUUUUAUUAACAUUGCGAGGUAGCUGCUAAACUGUUAACUGUUUGUUUCGCUAUGGAUCAUUUUGACUUUGUUUUAUUCUUAUCUUAAUUGGUUCUGUGAUUUGUUAUAUUGUUAUAUCGCGUUGUUAUAUUGUUCUAGUAUUUUGUUAUUUUGUUGUACAAGUUUGUUACAUUAUUAGUUCUAGUGUUUGGGUUUUUGGCAAAUUUUUUUAUAAUAAAAGUUGUAAAAAUA